AUGUAUCCUUAUUGUUGGCAGAACGAAUCCCAGCACCGCAGCUAUAACCAAUUUCUGCGGCGUUAUGUUCUGUCCAAAUUUGAAGCCUUUAAGUACAGCAUCUGCAGAAAAACGCUUGCCAGAGAGUUUUUGCUUCAGCGUGGUUACGACACCGUCAUCGGAACAGGUGGGAUCGCUCUGUCGGGAGGACAAAAACAACGUUUGGCUAUUGCUAGAGCUAUAGCAAGUGAACCAAAAAUUUUGCUUCUCGAUGAAGCAACUAGUGCAUUGGACUCUGAAACACAUCGCCUGAGCACUUUAAAGGAUGUUCAACGAAUUUAUGCGAUAGAGGAUGGUCGAGUCGUAGAAGUAGGUUAG